ACCACAAACAAAACACGAGGAACCAGAAACCUGGAGAAUAAAACACGAGGAACAAGGAGAGUUAAUUGAAGAAAAAGAGAAUGAAGAAUCAAGUGAAGUUGAGGAAAAAAAUCAUGUCAAAACUGGAGGAAAACCUGAGUUGCACUCAAACCAAACAGAAAGAUUUAAAGAAAAAAAGAGUCAAGAAGUCUUUCACCUGCACUCAGUGUGGAAAGAGAUUCACACACAAAACAGGUUUUGAGCGUCACAUGAGCAUUCAUACUGAAGAGAAACCAUUCUCUUGCGAUCAGUGCGGGAAGUGUUUCAAACAAUCAUUAAACCUGAAGAUACACAUGAACAUCCACACUGAAGAGAAGCAGCACGCAUGUGAUCAAUGCGGUAAAAUGUUUUUAUGGGUUUCACUUCUGAAGAAACACUUGAAAGUUCAUGCAAAGCAGAAACCACAUCCAUGUCAUUUGUGUGGUAAGAGUUUUUUGCAUCUACAAAGUUUGAAAGUACAUCAGAAAAUACAUACUGCUGUGAGAGAGUACAUGUGCUUUGAGUGUGAGAAGUCUUUUAGUUCAGUGAGCAGUUUAAAACAGCAUGAGAGGAUCCACAAUGGAGAGACACCUUACAAGUGUUCACACUGUGACAAGAGAUUCAUUAAAUCAUCAAAUCUGAAAACACAUGAGUGGAUACACACUGGAGAGAAACCUUAUAAGUGUUCACACUGUGACAAGAGAUUCAGUGUGUCAUCAAAUAUGAAAACACAUGAGUUGAUUCACUCUGGAGAGAAACCUUAUAAGUGUGCACACUGUGACAAGAGAUUACGUGAUUCAUCAAGUCUGAAAACACAUGAGAGGAUUCACACUGGAGAUAAACCUUAUAAGUGUUCACACUGUGACAAGCGAUUCAGUGUGUCAUCAAGUCUGAAAACACAUGAGAGGAUUCACACUGGAGAUAAACCUUAUAAGUGUGCACACUGUGACAAGAGAUUCAUUAAAUCAUCAAAUAUGAAAACACAUGAGUUGAUUCACACUGGAGAUAAACCUUAUAAGUGUGCACACUGUGACAAGAGAUUCAGUGAUUCAUCAAGUCUGAAAACACAUGAGUUGAUUCACACUGGAGAUAAACCUUAUAAGUGUGCACACUGUGACAAGAGAUUCAUUAAAUCAUCAAAUCUGAAAACACAUGAGAGGAUCCACACUGGAGAGAAACCUUAUAAGUGUUCUCACUGUGAUCAGAAAUUUAAUCAGUUGCAAAAUCUGAAAAAACACCAGAGGAUCCACACUGGAGAGAAACCUUACAAGUGUUCUCACUGUGACAAGAGAUUCAGGGAUUCAUCAAGUCUGAAAACACAUGAGAGGAUUCACACUGGAGAUAAACCUUAUAAGUGUUCACACUGUGACAAGAGAUUCAAUGCGUUAUCAAGUCUGAAAACACAUGAGAGGAUCCACACUGGAGAGAAACCUUACAAGUGUUCACACUGUGACAAGAGUUUCAGGGCUUCAUCAAGUCUGAAAACACAUGAGAGGAUCCACACUGGAGAGAAACCUUACAAGUGUUCACACCGUGACGAGAUUCAGGGAUUCAUCAAGUCUGAAAACACAUGAGAGGCUUGCGUGAAUUUCUGACAUUUACAGAUAAGGAUGCGUACACACAUAUCUGUAAAAAGUGCCUGACAGGCAAGCCAUUACGCAAAUGCAUCAGCUUGAAGCUUGAAAUAAAGAUUUACCAU